UUGAUUUCUCUCAGCUUAAAGACUUUUUAACCACAUCUCCAGAGUUAGAAAACAACAGAAGGAGAAGAAGAAGAGAGUGAAAAAAAGCUUAGAUCUGCUUCCAAAAUUGAAAAUUAGGGUUUGAGUGGACAUGUCUGCCCCUUUUUAUUCUCCGAUUGAUAUGCAAGAGAUCGUUCAAAAUCCUCCUGGGUUUGAUACGCAGCCAGUCCCAAUCAGUACUUACCAUGACAAUCAACCUGUCCCGCUUUCAACUUACCGUGAAAACGAUUCUGAUCAUCUCGACCCCACUCAGCAAGAGAAAGAUGACUUCUGGGAAACCGGUUUCAACAGGGAAGAGGCCAUUGAAGAUCCAGAGCCCUCUCAGGCAAAGGAGAAUGGAAAGAGAAGCGUAGACAACAGCUCCUUCACUCAUGGGGAAACCGAUCUUAACCAGCUUCCAGCUAUUCCCCCGGUUUCAACUGGUCAAGGUCUGCCAUAUGCUCCUGUUGAUUGGCCAUGCCCGGGUGAUGUUUGGACUUGGAGAGUUGGAAGGAGAGUGACUGCUACUGGGUAUCAUCAGGAUAGGUUUCUGAUUCUCCCUCAAAAGCUUCAGCAAAAGAAUGUCCCAAAGUCUUUCGCUAGCAAAACCACUCUUUUUGAUACGCAGCCAGUCCCAAUCAGUACUUACCAUGACAAUCAACCUGUCCCGCUUUCAACUUACCGUGAAAACGAUUCUGAUCAUCUCGACCCCACUCAGCAAGAGAAAGAUGACUUCUGGGAAAACGGUUUCAACAGGGAAGAGGCCAUUGAAGAUCCAGAGCCCUCUCAGGCAAAGGAGAAUGGAAAGAGAAGCGUAGACAACAGCUCCUUCACUCAUGGGGAAACCGAUCUUAACCAGCUUCCAGCUAUUCCCCCGGUUUCAACUGGUCAAGGUCUGCCAUAUGCUCCUGUUGAUUGGCCAUGCCCUGGUGAUGUUUGGACUUGGAGAGUUGGAAGGAGAGUGACUGCUACUGGGUAUCAUCAGGAUAGGUUUCUGAUUCUCCCUCAAAAGCUUCAGCAAAAGAAUGUCCCAAAGUCUUUCGCUAGCAAAACCACUCUUGCUCGCUAUGUCCAAUCGAAUUUCCCAGACAUGGAUGCUGAUGCAUUCUUUGCAUCUUUUAGCUGGAAGAUUCCAGCUCUCUUCCAGCCUGCAAAUAAAGUUGAUGCUGCGUCUCUUUUUGAGGAGACACCAAAGGAAGUGCAGACCGAGGUUGGCCAGAAUGAUGAGAAUGCUCAGGAUGUGAAAAAAGAAGGAAACUCCCGAUACAGCCAAAGGAAGAGGAAACCAAUGCCGACACAAACAUAUGAACCUGCUGAAGAGAAACCUAAACCAACUCCCCGAGGUAGCAGCAACAAGAAGAAAGCCGCAACUCCUGCCACUGGACCGCAGUCCUCAACCAAACCGAAAUCAUCUCGACAAUCUACAAGACGCGCCUCGAACCAGCAGCGUGGUGGUGCUGUGGACUUGAACUUCCAGAACGAAGAAGGUGAACCUGCUACUGCACCAAAAACUAGUAACAAGAGAAAGAAACGCGGAGCUAACUACGAGGAAGAAGAUGUUUCUAUUCCUCAUAUCUAUGUCUCUCCUAUGAAUGGUGUCCUCGCGGUCUCGCACUCGCCUAUCGAUGUUAACCCGGAGGAGUUUGACAGCUACCUGAACUCUCUUGAUAACCUCAUGCAGCAGCCUCCAGAAGAGGUUGGAGGAGACUCUUCUGUUCUUGUUAACGUAAGCUCUCCAAUGAGAGAAUAUGAAUGGGCUGAAGCUCGGAUGAAGAUUUCAUCUCUUCUGGAGAAGGAUUUUACUACUUUGUUCCUCUCCAAGGACGCAGCAGAGAUAGCAGCAUUGGCAACUAAACUGAGGAAAGAUCCAAACCUUUCCGCUGAAGAGAUUGUGAGAUUGAAGCUGAUGGAAGAGAUUCCAACGUUUAGCGAAGUGUACCAGGAGAACAAAGGGGUGAUUGAAGAUGCUGAUAGGUUCUUCUCUGCGCUGGAGCUUAACAAAGCCAAGGUAGCAUCACUUAAAUACGAAUACAGCGACCUGAAGGACAAACUAGGGAGUAUCCAGAUGGAAGUCGACACAAACGCUGAGACAAUCCGCCAAGUCGAUGACCAAAUCGCUCAGCUUCAAGCUAGACGGUCUGAGUUGAAGCGGUACAUCGGGAACAAGGAGAAAGAAAGGGUUGAUCUAAGCUACGGUCAGAAAAUGGUAGCGAACUCGAUCCCAAAACUCGUACAGGAAGUUCAAUCAGCCAACUCAAAGAAGCCUGAAUGGGAAUGCAAGAAGGAUAAUGCUCUUAAGCGUGAAGCAGAGAUUCUCUCUAAGUUCACCCCUCUCAAAGGCUUCUUCCUCUAAAUCUUGCCUCAUGUAUCCUGUUAUAAACCUUUAUCCAGUCUUAUUUUGUGUCAUCAUGUAGCCAUGUUGGUUUAUGUUGCAAGAAGUCUCUUGAAUGAAACUUGUUUUAUGUUGUUGUACUAUGGAAAACUAUCCUUUAGUUGGUAAAAAUCAGACCUUUUUGUCUU